AUGGCGACGUCUGUUGAGCGUCAUGUCGUUGACAUAACUACGUGUGCAAUUUGUCUGGAGAAACUUAAUAUUCCAAAGUAUUUACCGUGCUUACAUACAUUUUGUGAAAGUUGUAUACAGACCUAUAUUACUGCUAUAUUUGAGAAAAACCACAAAGAAAGUAUCGAUUGUCCGAUAUGUAGGAAUACAGUUACUAUACCGAAGGAAGUCAAUACACCUGAUGAAUGGGACAAAGUGUUACCAUUGAAUUUGCUCAUCAUUGGAUUAUUAGAGAAGGAAAAAGUUGAGAGACCUCAAAAACAAUGCAUGGUAUGCGAACGAAUGGAAGCAAAAUCAGAGGCAAGUUUAAUUUGUGUUGAUUGUUCUGAUUUAUUAUGUUUAAACUGUAAGCAACACCAUAAAGCGAACAAAAUCUCACAUAAUCACGAAAUAAGACAAAUAAAUGAAUAUUCAUCGGUCGCUGGAUGCUUCAAAACUUUUAAAAACCAAUGUUCUGAACACAAAGGAGAAGAACUCAAAUUGUUUUGUGUCGACCAUCAGACUCCCUGUUGUUCGAUGUGUGUAUCAAUACAUCAUAGGCGAUGUAAAAAUGUUCUUUCCAUUGAAGAUGCUGCAAAUGAAUAUGUGAAAACUGACAAACUUAAAAAUUUGAGAACCCAACUUAGCCAUGUAGAACUUGAUGUAAAAACAAUCUUAAAAGAUCAACUGUAUGCAAUGGAGAAAAUAAAAAACGAGUAUAAACAAGAACAAAAGAAUCUUGGUGAUAUCUUCGGUGACUUUGUUGCCAAGAUAAAUGAUCUUUAA